CCGGUCCCGGUCCCGAAUGAGACGGUCUCCAGGGGCCAAUGGGGCGGAAAAUACGAGUUCCUGCUUUCUUGCCUGGGAUACUGCGUGGGUUUAGGCAACGUGUGGCGCUUUCCUUACCUUUGCUAUCGCAACGGAGGAGGUGUAUUUCUUAUCCCCUACUUCAUCAUGCUUUUUGUUACUGGUGUUCCACUCUUCCUCAUGGAGCUGUGUCUCGGCCAAUACGGAGCGGCCGGCCCCAUCACCGUAUGGAAAUGCUGCCCUCUGCUCAAAGGCAUCGGCAUUGGAAUGCUCUGUGUGGCCGUGCUGGUGUCUCUUUACUACAAUGUUAUUAUCGCGUGGACCUUUUAUUACCUGGGGAGCUCGUUCCAGAGCCCGCUGCCUUGGUCAUGUGACGCUGUCGCCAAUGCCGCCAUCUGUAAUGGCUCGACUGGGGAAAGCCGCAGUCCUUCAGAGAUCUUUUGGAAUGAGCGCGUUCUGGGAGUGGUGAACAGCGAGGGCCUGCACGACCCGGGUCCCAUCCGAUGGCCUUUGGCUUUGUGCCUUUUGGCCGCCUGGAUUAUCGUCUUCCUGUGUAUGAUCAAAGGCAUCCACAGUGCUGGCAAGGUGGUUUAUGUCACAGCAACAUUCCCGUACUUUGUACUCAUAGUUUUGAUCAUCAGAGGUGCUACGCUUGAAGGCUCUCUUCAGGGCAUUGCAUUCUACCUCACUCCAGACUGGAGACGAAUUGCCAACGCACAGGUGUGGAAUGAUGCAGCUUCACAGAUCUUCUACUCACUAGGCAUCGGAGUUGGAGGAGUGCUUUCCAUGGCCUCCUAUAAUAAGUUUGACAACAAUGUCAUCAGGGACACGAUAAUUAUCACCUCUGGAAACUGCCUCUCCAGCUUUUUUGCAGGAUUUGCUAUAUUUUCAGUCCUGGGCCACAUGGCGUGGAGGAGAGGGGUGCCAGUUGCAGACGUGGCAGUUUCCGGUCCGGGAUUAGCUUUCGUGGCUUACCCAGAAGCCCUUGCUCUACUGCCAGGUUCGGCCUUCUGGUCGGUUCUCUUCUUCAUUAUGCUUUUCAUGCUGGGGAUUGACACACUCUUUGGCAACAUUGAGGGCAUCACCACCGCCGUGUUGGAUGAGUUUCCGCAACUGCGCGGGAACGCCAAGCACAAGUCUUUGUUUCUGGCUGCUCUCUGUUUAUGCUUCUACUUGAUGGGUCUCCUGUUAGUCACAGAUGGGGGCAUUUACUGGGUCACUCUAAUCGACUCCUUCAGCACUAGUUUUGGCCUCAUCAUCAUCACCCUCUUCAUGUGCAUUGGCAUCUCCUUCUUCUAUGGGGUCAACCAGUUUUGCAAGGACAUCAUCGACAUGAUCCGUCACUGUCCUCCCUGGUGCAGCAAAGUUUUGCUUUACUUCAGGGCAUGCUGGGUAUUCUUUACUCCUUUUCUUCUUUUGUUCAUCCUGACCUACAUCUUCAUCGAAAUGUAUAACACCUCUCUGAACUACGGCUCCUAUGUGUACCCUCCCUGGGGGAAAGCGUUGGGGGUGUGCAUGGCUAUGACCUGCUGUAUGCAGAUCGGGAUCUGGGCCGUCGUCGCCAUCUGCAAGGAAACCGGAACGCUGAAAGAACGUUUCUUCAAAUCCAUCAGACCACUCAACUCCUGGCGGACGAACAACAGCGCGGGGAGCGCAGAGGCCAACGUGAAUGCAGAGAGGGUGGACGGUCCAUUCACGGUGACGCUCACGAACAUGGACUUCAAUGCCAUGACGUGGGAGGAGGGGAGAGGCGUAUGA